GGGGCUGAUCCCCUGUGUUCCCCCUGAGGUAACACCUUCUCCUCAGCCCGUUGUCCCCUUCGAAGCCCUGCGGCUCCCGCGGUGCCAGGCCGCUGUCGGGCCGGACGCGAGACCCCCGGGGCGGCGGCGUCUCCUCCCGAGCGGGCGGGGCGGGGCGGCUCCGGGCUGGGCGGCGCGGACCGGUUGGGGCCGGUUCCCCGCGCAGGCGCAGGGCCCCAUAAACAGGAAGCGGCGGCUGGGGCGCCCGGGUCGGCGCGGGGGAGCCGGAGACAAAGGGCUGGGCCGGGCCCGGCACAGGCGGGGGUCCCUGGCGGCGCUGGCGGGCGGCAGCAUGGUGCAGAAGGAGGGGCAGGCGGCGCUGGAGGAGCGGGAGCCCCAGGGCAGCCCCAGCCCGGCCGGGGUGCCGGUGGCGCCGCUGGAACCGGCGGGGGCCUCCGCGGGGCCGGGCCCGAGCGGGGAGGAGACGGACACGGAGACCGAGACGGUGGCCGGGGCCCGGCGCUUCCUCUGCGGUGUGGUGGAAGGAUUUUAUGGAAGACCAUGGAUUAUGGAGCAGAGGAAAGAACUUUUUAGAAGGCUUCAGAAAUGGGGACUGAAUACCUACUUGUAUGCUCCAAAAGAUGACUACAAGCACAGGAUGUUCUGGCGAGAAAUGUACUCUGUGGAGGAAGCUGAGCAACUCAUGACUCUAAUCUCGGCUGCCCAAGAAUAUGAGAUAGAAUUCAUCUAUGCCAUCUCGCCUGGACUUGAUAUCACUUUCUCAAAUCCAAAAGAAGUGUCCACAUUGAAACGCAAGCUGGACCAGGUUUCCCAGUUUGGCUGCAGAUCCUUUGCACUGCUGUUUGAUGAUAUUGAUCACAACAUGUGUGCAGCAGACAAAGAAGUCUUUAGCUCCUUUGCUCAUGCCCAGGUCUCCAUUACUAAUGAAAUAUAUCAGUAUUUAGGAGAACCAGACACAUUCCUAUUCUGUCCUACAGAAUAUUGUGGAACUUUCUGCUAUCCAAACGUUGCCCAAUCCCCUUAUUUACGGACUGUAGGAGAGAAGCUGUUACCUGGCAUUGAGGUGUUGUGGACAGGUCCUAAAGUUGUAUCUAAAGACAUUCCAGUAGAAUCUAUUGAAGAAGUUUCUAAGAUCAUCAGGAGAGCUCCAGUCAUCUGGGAUAACAUUCAUGCUAACGAUUAUGAUCAGAAGAGGCUGUUUCUUGGGCCAUAUAAAGGUCGGUCGACUGAACUCAUCCCUCGACUGAAGGGAGUCCUGACCAAUCCAAACUGUGAAUUUGAAGCCAAUUAUGUUGCUAUUCAUACACUUGCAACUUGGUACAAAUCCAACAUGAAUGGAGUGAGGAAAGAUGUGGUGAUGACUGACACUGAAGACAGUACAGUAUCAAUCCAGAUUAAAUUGGAAAAUGAAGGGAGUGAUGAAGAUAUUGAAACUGAUGUCCUGUAUAGCCCUCAAAUGGCUCUGAAGCUGGCCUUAACAGAGUGGCUGCAGGAGUUUGGGGUACCUCACCAAUACAGCAGUAGGCAAGUGGCCCACAGCGGUGCUAAAACCAGCGUAGUUGAUGUGGUGCCUCUGGUUGCGCCAUCCUCUCUAAACGCAACAACUGUGGUUACUACUGUUUACCAAGAGCCCAUCAUGAGUCAGGGGGCAGCACUGUCCGAUGAGCCACCAGCACUAGUCAAGGAGGAAGAAAAGAAGCAGUCUGAGGAGGAACCAAUGGACAUGGUCGUGGAAAAACUAGAGGACACAGACAAGAAUGUUAAUCAAAUACUGACCGAUAUUGCUGAAUCUAAAAUGUCUGAGGAGCUAAAACCAAUGGAUACUGAUAAAGAGAGCAUAGCUGAAUCUAAGUCCCCAGAGAUGUCUAUGCAGGAAGACUGUGGUAGUGACAUUGCCCCUAUGCAGACUGAUGAGCAAAUGAAUAAGGAACAGUUUGUGCCUGGGCCAAAUGAGAAGCCUCUCUACACAGUAGAACCAGUGACUCUAGAGGAUCUGCAGUUACUUGCUGACUUGUUCUACCUUCCUUAUGAACAUGGGCCCAAAGGUGCCCAGAUGCUGAGAGAGUUCCAGUGGCUCAGAGCAAAUAGCAGUGUUGUCAGCGUUAACUGUAAAGGAAAGGACUCUGAAAAAAUUGAAGAAUGGCGCUCCCGAGCAGCCAAGUUUGAAGAGAUGUGUGGAUUGGUCAUGGGAAUGUUCACUCGCCUCUCCAACUGUGCCAACAGGACGAUCCUUUAUGACAUGUACUCCUACGUCUGGGAUAUCAAGAGUAUCAUGUCAAUGGUGAAGUCUUUUGUGCAGUGGUUAGGGUGUCGUAGUCAAUCUUCAGCACAGUUCUUAAGUGGAGACCAAGAACCCUGGGCCUUUAGAGGUGGUCUAGCAGGAGAGUUCCAGCGUUUGCUGCCUAUUGAUGGGGCAAAUGACCUCUUUUUUCAGCCGCCUCCGUUGACUCCAACUUCCAAGGUUUACACUAUCAGACCCUACUUUCCAAAAGAUGAGGCAUCGGUGUAUAAGAUUUGCAGAGAGAUGUAUGAUGAUGGAGCUGAUCAACCUUUCCAUAGUCAGCCAGACUUAAUUGGAGACAAGUUAGUGGGAGGCCUGCUUUCCCUCAGUCUGGAUUACUGCUUUGUCCUUGAAGAUGAGGAUGGCAUAUGUGGCUAUGCUUUGGGCACUGUCGAUGUAACACCCUUCAUUAAAAAAUGCAAAAUUUCUUGGAUCCCUUUUAUGCAGGAAAAGUACAGUAAGCCAAAUGGUGAUAAAGAACUGUCUGAAGCAGAGAAAAUAAUGUUGAGUUUCCAUGAAGAGCAGGAAGUAUUGCCAGAGACAUUCCUCGCCAAUUUCCCGUCGCUGAUAAAGAUAGACAUCCACAAAAAAGUGACUGACCCAAGUGUGGCCAAAAGCAUGAUGGCCUGCCUGCUGUCCUCUCUGAAAGCUAAUGGCUCCCGUGGGGCUUUUUGUGAAGUGAGACCAGAUGAUAAAAGAAUCCUGGAAUUUUACAGCAAGCUGGGUUGUUUUGAAAUAGCUAAAAUGGAGGGAUUUCCAAAGGAUGUUGUUAUCCUUGGAAGGAGUCUGUGAAGUCCUUGACAAUGAACUGUUCGAAUACUGUAGUCCCUUAACAGCUGGGCGGGUGGUGGUGGGGAUCUUCAUAUGGUCUAACUGCACAAACACAGCAGUCAGCCAACUUGCUAGAAGGGGCUAUGUGAAAAUCCACCCAUCACACAUUUCAAACGUUAACUUGUUGGAUGAAGAGAGUGCUGCUGAAAACCCAGUUCUGAAAAAGAGAAACCUUGUUGUCCUUUCCUGGGCUUGUGUGAAGUGCCAAGGAAUCUUGCGUGGGCUGUAUCCUCCGGGAGGAGCCCCCCCUUCCUGCCCAGUGACGUGGUUGGUAGCAGUUCUUUGCAUCCAUAUAUGCAGUUAACAGAAUGGUGUUCUUUUUCUGGAGUAACUGUUAAGAUCUGAUUUUCUUUUUCCCUGUGUCAUACAGCAGGAUGUGAGGAGGGAGGGGUGUAAUUGGGGUACUUCAUGUUACAGAGAUGGGAAGGAUUACUUGUGUCAGUCAGCAAUUUAAAGACCGGUAUUGACGGUUCUGUUUUUGGCUAUCUUUAUGCUUGUUUAUAAGGCAGUGACCAGUUGUCACUGCUAAUGACCAUUGGUUCAGGCUUUGUGCUUUGUAGGGACAAAUGUGCAGUUGUCUGUGGCAAAAGUCACUAAUGACAGACUUGUAAAUGUCAGUGUAUAUAAACUAGCUGUAUGCUUAAUAACUUCUUUGUGUUUGCUGGUUUUGUAAUUUUUUUCUUCUGAAAAGUGAAAUGGUAUUGGUCCAAGAUGGCACUUUUGACUAACGUCAAACCACAAUGGAGAAUGACUCUGUCCUCGGCGUUGGCUUUUUCUACUGUGCCUCAUACCCAGGGCUAGAAACUGACCAUGUUGGGUAAGAGGUGCUGAUCCAGAAGGAUCAUUCCUUCAGAGGACAGGCAGUUCUGUUGCAAGGCUGCCACUGCCUGGUGCUAUCAUCAUUCUCCUGGGACUGAACCAGCAAUUCAGUGGGAGGCCUGCUGAACCUGUUAAUUUUGGUGGCAGUCUCAAAGAGGAGGUGGAUGGAGGAAGUGAGAGGGAACUGGUCCAUGGUCAGGAUUUGUCCUUGGAUCAGUCUCCUGCUUCAAAGACUGUUCAUACUGGUUUGACUAAAUCAGGGUCUUCAAAUCCUGCAUGUUUGUAUCAAAGAAUUUUUGUAGAAGAAACAUCACAAUAAGCACAUUUUUACAAAUUAUUUAAAUGGUUACCUAAUUAAUGUAACUGCAGAUAUUCUGAGAGUUUAAUGUUUUUACCCAGAUCUGAUGUAUUUGACUAAUGUGAUGGAGCCAGCAUGGUUAGGGGAUCUGGUAGUGAGGUAGUCACACCAUUUGUGGGGGUUAUUGAUUUUUCUGUAGAAGCCCUGUGUUCCAGAGAUGUAAUUGGCCAAUAAUAUACCCUUUACAUUACCUUACCUUACCUUACCUUACCUUACCUUACUAAUUUCACCUGCUACCAUCAACUGUGUUUACCUUCCUUCUUUUUAAAUGUCCCUCUUGGUUUUGGUGGCAAACAAAAGACAUUCAAGUCCUUAUUUAAGCUCCCAUCUGUGUAGCUUUGAAGAAGUUUUACAAGCUAUAACAAAUAGCAUUAGACUGCAGUAAUGUCUGCAACCUGUAAGGAGAAGCUAACGUUUGGCCUUCCGGUGCAGUCACAUAGGAUAUUUUUCUUUUUCAGAAUGUGAAUAAUUUUUUAAUUUAGUAGUGAAGUAUUUAAGUUUAAACAAGUUCAUUUCAUUUACAGAGAGAGGUAUAGGGUCAUGCUAUGGGAUCUCAUGUAAAUCAGAGCUGAAUGUCACUAGUUUUAAUACAGCUUUGAGUAAGUAGCUGAUCCCUUGGUCUUAGCAGGUGGAAGAGUUGUGUGGUUUUGUGUUUUUUUGUGUGUUUUUUUUUUUUUUUUUUUUUUUUAUGGAUACCAGAGUCAACUUACUACUUGAUCUGGAUUCAUAGCAUUACAGGAUAGGAUGCUUGUGGCCUUAUAUCUUGGCUUUAAGGAGUUGCCACAAUCUUUUCCUAUGAAUUUUAUUGUUACAGAAGUUAGUUGUACAAACGGAUGGAAUGUCCAGGCCAAUACCAUCACUCUAGGAUUGUAAAGUGAUAAGUUGACAUAUCUUUCAUGGUUAUGAAUUUUCAUUAAGGUUGGAAUGCCACUUUCAUUAAUCUGUUUUUAGAUCAACAGUAUCUGUAGCAGAAAAAUGAGCUGUAAAACUGUAUUUGAAGACCAUGCAAGAAAUAGAAUAAAAAUAGAGAAGUGAAUGUAAAUAAGCAAUGUGUUUAGUUUGUAAAGCUGUCAGGGGUGGAUGCAGGGGGAAUACACCUCUUCCAUCUUGCUAGGUGUUUUGGGCACCCUAAUGGUAAACUCUCUUCUGCUGCUUUCCAUGUGAUUGUCCUUUUUGGGGGGGAGGUGGACGCUGGCUGUUCUGAGAAGCAUUUAACCACACUAACAUUCUUCGUGGGAGGGGGAUGUUGGAUGCUGUUGACCCUUCAGAACACUUUGAAAUCAACAAGUGAGAUCCUUUUAAUCCAAAUGUAAAUAGCACUAGUUCUGCAUUUCUACUUCUACAGGCUUUGGGAGGACCAUACAUAGGCUCACACAAGUAGUUCAGUAAAACGAUGUCCUCUUGAGUGUCUGGGAAAAAUCAAUCUGCGUUCCAUUACAACAAUGUUUAAUAAAUGGCCAAUCCGUUUUUAUAAGGUAUUUACCAGCACCCAGACAGCUAAGUAUUCUCCCUAUUUUACCAAUAAGGAAACAAUUUGCAAAGUGACUGGCCCAAGGUCAGACAGCAAGCCAGUGGCACAAACUAGUUUUUAUAAUCCAGGAAUCGUUUGCUUGCAGUCCUGAGCCCAGAUGUCACUGCCUUGAGGAUGCACGAGCCUACAGAGAACUUGGAAAGCAUUGUUGCCUUGCACUGACUAGGAAGUGCAGUGGUGACUGCUCCCUAGACCACUUUAGUACACAGUAGUGGAAACCAAGGACAAAUAAGCCAUGUCCCUUCUGGUAUACUUGCCUUGAAUAUUGUUGAUAAGUUAAACAGUUCUCCUUCAAAUACUCUUCCCCUUCAGCAGUAGCAAAGGGAGAGGAAGUGUCCGUUAAUCCCAUCUCAGUAACUACUGUUUAGUUGUGAAGUGGGAUCCCAUGCCUUUGAUUGGAGGUAUAGAAGAUUUCAUUCUUCUCUGCUCAAUGACCCAGGGCACUUGAAUGGCUUGGGAGCUCCCCUGAACAUUUUUUCCCUUAGACUUGCUUCCCUUAAGAUUUUCCUUCUUGAAGUCCAUUGUCUGUCUUCUGCUGUUUUCCUUCCUACCAUUCCUUAGAAUUGUGAACUCUACCAUUUCAUGAUCACUUUCUCCCAAGCUGUCUUCAUCUUCACAUUCUCAACCAGUUCCUCCCUAUUUGUCCGAAUCCGAUGUAGAACAUCCUCUCCUCUAGGCACUCUCUCCACCUUCUGUAAUAAAAAGUUGCCUCCAAUGCAUUCCAAGAACUUGGUGGAUAAUCUGUGCCUUGCUGUAUUAUUUUCCUAACAAAUGCCUGGGCAAUUGAAGUCCCCCAUCACCAUCAAAUCCUGUGUUUUGGGUGAUUGUUAGUUGUUUUAAAAAAAGGCUCGUACACUACUUCUUCCUGGUUAGGUGGUCUGUUGUAGACCUACUGUGACAUCACCCUUGUUUUUUACCCUUUUAUCCUUACCCAGAGACUUUGAACAGCUCUGUCUCCACUUCUAUCUUGACCUCGAUGCCAGUGUAUUCAAUUUUUAUUACAAGGCAACACCACCUCCCUUUUUUCCCUGCCGCCUGUUCCUAAACAAGCUAUCCUCUUCUGUACCAAUAUUCCAGUCUCCUAAAUUAUCCUAAAUCUCUGAAUCACAAUUAUGACAUAAUUGUGAUUAUUCACUAGUAGUUCUAGAUCUUCCUGUUUAUUCCCUAUACUACUUGCAUUUGUGUACAAUCAUCUAAGCUGUUCAUUAGAUUUCCCCUCUAUAUUCCCUCUCAUCUCUCCUCUUUCCCUCUAUGCUUGACAACCCAUCAGCCCAGUCUCCAGGUUGUGGACUUUUACCUGUGGUCUUUUGUCUCCUGCCCAUGUUGAAACUAGUUUAAAGCCUGCCUCGCUAGAUUAUCCAGUCUGCAUCCAAAAAUACUCUUUCCCCUUCCUUGAUAGGCUACUCCUAUCUCCGCUCAGCGGUCCUCCUUGGAACAGCAUGCUUGAAAAAGCCCAUGGAACAAAUAUUACAAUGAGGCUACGAGGAAGGGGCAAAUUGGACAGACUGACCUUAAAUGUAUAAGGGCUUGAGACUCUAUCGAGCUGUCCUGCAGUGGCUUGAGUGUGGGUACCAGCCUUAGGGCCGACGGUUAGGAAACAGAUCACAAACCCCCAAUUGGGUGAGUUCUAUACUUCGAUCUCACCAACCAGUUAUCAAGUGUGAACCGCCUUAAGAUGGAGUCUCAGCCAGUCCCCGUAGGUAUUCCGGUCUGUCUCACCACCCAGGUGCGCUGCCUUUGCCUUACACCAAAGAUCACAGCAAUAUUCAGGUUACUUCCAGUCCCAAAGGACCAGUCACUUACCUCAGCUUAGUUGCUCUUCACAUCUCACACGAAAGACUAUGCUGGUAGGCCGUCCUAUAAUAAACUAUCUAAAGAUUUAUUUCCUUUUCCUAUUUAAUGAGUUAUCUAUACGGUAAAGUAGGUAAACAUAUAUACACACAAAUGAGUUCCAGUCUUAAGAUUAAAAGAAUAGAACCUUUUAUAAUCAAGCUCAGUAUGUCCUUUAGGGCUAACUAGUGGUUAUCUUUGCUUACAUUUAGUAAUCCUUCCCCUAAGGUCCAGGCAGGGGUAAAGAUACAGCUUCCUUGAAUUAGGAGUUUUUAUCCCUUCCCUUCCCUCCCUUUUGCUUCAAAUUGCCAACUCAGCUGUGGGGAGGAGUUCACCUGCAUGUCUCUUCUUCCUGGGGGUUGAGGGAUGAGCUAUCAACAAAGUCUUUUGUCCUCUUUGAUGUUCCACAAUAGCUGGUGUUGAUGGGCCUUCCUUGUGGAGCAAGACAUACUUUCUGUUAAAGAUUAGCACUUUACACUAAUAUCUGUCUCCUAUCUGGUGCUUUAUACAGUCAGAGGCUUAUGCUACAAAUGCUUAAUUUGGGGAUUACAGUAUGGGAUACAGCUGGUAUAAGUGAGGUUAAUCCAGGCAGCAACUACACACCUUCAAUAAAGUCUAAACACUAGCACAUUUUUAUAACUCUAAUACCCUGUUUCCCCAAAAAUAAGACAGUGUCUUAUAUUAAUUUUUGCUCCCAAAGAUGCGCUAGGUCUUAUUUUCAGGGGAUGUCUUAUUUUUCAGAAAUGAAAAAUGCCUUAUUAUCGGUGGAUGCCUUAUUAUCGGGGAGGUCUUAUUAUCGGGGGGAUGCCGUAUAUUACAACGAGAGGCAAAACUGUAAGUAGGCCUUAUUUUCGGAGGAUGUCUUAUUUUCGGGGAAACAGGGUAUGUAUUUUACACACAGGUGAACCAGACUGAUUCCAGCUCUGUGUUUGUCGGUAUUCAAGUGAGGCAUGGGGACCUUGGCAUAUGCAGGAACCUGCUUUGCUGGCAUCACAGAGCAGCGCACGAUAUUGAUAUAAAUGAUGUGGGUUGAGGCUCUGCAUAGUUCCCUCCGCCCAGUGGCCAAUCAUGUAGCUUUAUCGUGGUUUCAUCCAUAGUGGGAAGAGGGCUUCAGAGCGGAAUGACAUGUUGGAGUUUAGUUUGAUGCGGAUAGGUGGCGUGACUGCUCCAGGACUAUUAAGCUUUCAUGUCUGGAUGCCACGUCUCCAGAAAGAUGAGGGGAGAAAUAAAGCGUGCCCAGGAUCUAGGGGGCUGGAGGGACUAUGGAAGAAAGAUUGAAUUUAAUAGGUAGAAUAUCCCAUCUAUCCUGUGCGAAGUAGACCUAAAUUCUGCUGCCCUAGGUGGAGUGUCCUCCUAGAACUGAUAAUGAAGUUUGAGAAAUAAGGUGUUAAACUGCAUCUAAAAUAAUCCCCAUAGAGACAGUAACUGCUUUAAGCAGCCAACUUUCUGAGCAACCUCGUAGAUUACUACUUCAUUUAUUUACUAGGUCCCUGUGGUGCUGACUCAACAUCUCUCCAUGCAUAAGCUACUGGGCUAACUUGACAGCAUAUUGGAAUUUAGUUCUGCCAGAAUUUCUCAAACCAAACCUCUUCUUGGUGUGGUCAGUGUAUGGUUCCACUGUGGGGUUCAGUGAGUUGGGAGCAUUCCACCAGUCUAACUUCUACUCCCCAAAUUUAGGAUUGUUUUGCCUCAUGAUCCCAACAGGGUUGUUUACCACCUGACCCUAUUGUAGUUUUACUAACAUUUCCUCAUGUUUUUCUGAUUUCUGUACAUACGCACACCACUGAGCGCUGCAGGCUUUUGCACUUAUUACUGUGGUUAGAUACUUGGCUGCGUGUGUGUGUUCUUCCUGUGACAGCCAGCACAGCAGACCUUGAGUGAACUGCCCAAUGAUCAUACGAUCCGUUAAGGUACAAAGGUGCCCAGCCAGCUUUAUUGUCGACGAAGCACAGUAGUAGCACCUGGCAGACUCUACGAGGAUACUAAGACAUGGAUGCCCGUGACAAAGGACACAACUCGGUCAGUGCUGGGACUUUCCACUGCCCCCUUGGGUGGCCAAAGAUACUCCCUCUGAAACACAUCUUUAUACCUUGAUAUAAACAAGUUACGUACUGUCAUCCUGACCUUCUCUUGUUUGAAGGGUCAGUGUGUUUUUGUUACCCUUGGGGAAUGUUUUUGUACCAUCCUUGAUAGCGGGAUGUUCUGGUACCACUUGAUAUCAGGAUGUGUUUGCAUGAGCACUGCUUAGCAAUGUGUAUUUCUGCAAUAUCAGCCCUGUUCUUGCCAGAUUCUGUGAGCAGGUCCUGCCUCAUACCAGGCCUCUAAUACAAGAGUUUGUCUCAGGCUGUCUUCCUACUACAAACACUAUGUAGGUGUCGCAGCACCAUCACAGCUGUGCAUCCUUAGGAAGAACCAGGAAUUUAUAGAGAGGAAUUACAGGCCUGGAAAUCCGGCCAAGAACGGGUUUGAACUGAGUUUGUCAGUGAUAAUGCCUCACAAUGCCCCCUGCACACACACUCACUCUCCCAAAAAGCUCCGGAUCCUUCCUAGUCUACAGGUGGCUAAUAUGAGGCAGAGAGGUUCACAGCCUGUUUUCAAAGGUGCUGAGCACUCACAGCUCCUACUUGACUUCAACUGGAGUUGUGGGUGUUCAGCACCUUUGGAAAACAGGGCUCUCCACGAUCACAUAAUGAACCGAUUAGCAAUUUCCAGACCUGCUCAGAGCCAUGAUCUGUCUAACUCAGUUGGCUGGCACCAGUCCUAGCCAGUGGCAGCUGCUUCAGAGAAAGGAGGAAGAAAGUCCUGCACUUAGGACGGAAGAAUCCUAUGCACUGCUACAGACUAGGGACCGAGUGGCUAGGUAGCAAUUCUGCAGAAAAGGACCUAGGGGUCACAGUGGACGAGAAACUGGCUAUGAGUCAACAGUGUGCUCUUGUUGCCAAGAAGGCUAACAGCAUUUUGGGCUGUAUAAGUAGGGGCAUUGCCAGCAGAUCGAGGAACGUGAUCAUUCCCCUUUAUUUGACAUUGGUGAGGCCUCAUCUGGAGUACUGUGUCCAGUUUUGGGCCCCAUACUACAAGAAGGAUGUGGAAAUAUUGGAAAGAGUCCAGCAGAGGGCAACAAAAAUGAUUAGGGGUCUGGAGCACAUGACUUAUGAGGAGAGGCUGAGGGAACUGGGAUUGUUUAGUCUCCAGAAGAGAAGAAUGAGGGGGGAUUUGAUAGCUGCUUUCAGCUACCUGAAGGGGGGUUCCAAAGAGGAUGGAGCUCGGCUGUUCUCAGUGGUGGCAGAUGACAGAACAAGGAGCAAUGGUCUCAAGUUGCAGUGGGGGAGGUCUAGGUUGGAUAUUAGGAAACACUAUUUCACUAGGAGGGUGGUGAAGCACUGGAAUGUGUUACCUAGGGAGGUGGAGGAAUCUCCUUCCUUGGAGGUUUUUAAGGCCCGGCUUGACAAAGCCCUGGCUGGGAUUAUUUAGUUGGGAAUUGGUCCUGCUUUGAUCACGGGGUUGGACUAGAUGACCUCCUGAGGUCUCUUCCAACCCUGAUAUUCUAUGUCUAAGGGGUCUGUGAAAGGUGGUCAUUCCCACAGACCAGUGGUUUUCGGCCUGUGGACCUCUGGGGAGCCGCAGACUGUCUAAGAUUUCCAAAGAAGUCCCCACCUCCCUCUGAAAUAUUUUAGGUUGAGAGUCACUGCACUAGACCUCAACAGACCACUGAAUAUUUGCUGCAGAGCCAGUACCAGGUGUGCACCUUACAGGGCCUGGGGGUGCCAUUUAUCCAGCGGUCAGAGUCAGUGAAAUACACUUAGUGACUGGCUUAGUUUAAGCAUGAGAGUCCUGUUGGGAGAAGCAGUUGAGCUUCCUGUAUGAAACUGGCCAAGAUCUCUUGUGAUGCACCUUUGGUUCUCCUCUUGUGUGCUCUCAGCCCAGUGCACCCCAACGAUCUAGGUUAUUUCCGAAGUAACCAAGUUCUGUGCCUCCCCAAUCCCAGGAACAAUAAAUAUCCAAAGCCAAAAAGAAAUUUCUUCAGGCAGUGUCUCCCAGCUUUGAAUUAUUAGUGCUGUCUGCUAAAAAAAUUAGUAGUUCCUUUCCUGGGGAAUAAUUCUUUACAUUCCGGGUCUUUCUUUCUGAGCAGCGGAGGAGUUGGAGUUUAUAGAGGCCAGCAGUCAAGAAUAAAAAGAAAUUAAAAAAAUAUGGUCUUAGGUCAAAGCCUGGUUUAGUCUGUGAUCAAAAGAAUGUAUCUGGUGGAGGUUUAGUAUUCGAGUCAAAGCUUGCAGAGCGAGGCAAUGGUCGUGGGGAAUGGCCUUUGUAUAAAUGAGAGGUGAAUUGAUACGGAAAUGUGACACAACUUUAUUUUGCAUAGGGUCUCAAAAUGAUAUGAUAGCACCACACAGCAGUGUGGUUGUGGCUACACAGAGCUCCCUAAUGCCAUGCAGGGUGGGUUGAGUGUUAAAAAUCCCACAGAGCUUUUGCAAGCGUUAGCAGCAUUAAUGUUGCUCUCCUGGUCAAAUUCCAACUCCAGUUGUACUCUGUGUCUCUGCUGUUUCAUUUGGGUAUGAGAUUUUUCUGUGUUUUCUUGUUCUACACUCCAGUGUUGCAAUGUGCAGUUAAACAGCUGCCACGUACCAGUCCAGAGGUGGGUGCAUUUCAGUAAUGGGCAAAUAGUUCUUAAUCUGUAACCUUUAUAUCAAUUUGUAAGGUCCUUUGGUAGCCCUAAUGGUUGAAUGGUGCUUUAAAGAAAACCUGCUAUUAAAUAAUGUAAACAUCUAAA